CAAGGCCUGGGCUCUCCCCCCCCCGGGCUGCCCGCGCGCGCGCCGCGGGCGGUCGGCACGGCGCGGCGCGGCCAGGCCCGCGCGCCCGCCCGGGCGGGCGUGGCGUGCCGUGCGCGAGGAUGGGGGAGGCAGGGGAGCCGGGAGAGACCUUGAGGGCUGUGCCGUACAUGCGUCCGUGACGUGUAAAUUCUGGCCUUGGAUGAUUUUCAUGAACAACGCCAUCUUGCAGCACCUCCCCAACCCGGCCACGCUGACAGCCUGGCACAUGGCCGUCAGUUCGGUGCUCGUGCGGGUAUUACCUUUCGUAACGCCUGCUAGUUUUGCGCUGUUCCGGGCGGAUGCCCCUCUGGUGGAUGCGCGUACGUUGUUGAUGAAAUUAGGUCCCAUUUCGAUGUUGUUCGCCUUGUCAUUGGCAAUGAGCAACCGUACUUAUAUGCACUGCUCCGUCGCGUUCAUUCAGAUGAUGAAGUCCUCACACUCCGUCAUCACCUACAUGAUGAGUGUUGCGUUAGCCAUGCAGUCCUUCUCGUGGUGCAGAUUUCAAGCUGUCUGCGCUGUGUGGUUUGGGGUGCUGCUUGCAGUGACAGGCGAGUUGGAAUUUAGUAUCAUUGGAUUCGCGUGCCAAUGCACGUCUUCUGUAGCGGAGUGUGGAAGGGUAGUGCUCAUAGAGAUGUUGAUAAACAGGAAGGGCAUGAGAAUGGAUCCACUCACGGCCCUCUCGUACUACGCGCCUCUGUGCUUCUUUUUGCUUGUGCCGUUCGCCGCGUCGACGGAGAUGCCCGACGACAUGUCGGCGUGGUGGCGUAGGUUUGAAGAGAACGUUGGAUUUAUAGGGAUAUGCUUAAAUGGCAUGCUUGCUUUCAGCUUGAAUAUAAGCGUCGUGCUUCUCCUUCAAAAGACUAGCGCAGUGACGUACAUCCUUUGUGGAGUGAUGAAGGAUAUUUUGAUAAUUGUUGGCUCGGUAUUCUUCAGGGGAACUACAAUAUCUCUGCAGCAGGUCAUCGGCUACACAGUGGCCGUUGCCAGUGUACAGGUCUUCAACCAGGUCGGAAAGAACCCCGACAUAUUCGAUGAGAGAGGCAUCAUCGGCGGACUGCGGUGCAUCCUUGGAUGGAAAGUUGCAGCAGCUUCUGGCGGGGCCAGCAAGCGUGACGAGUGAGGAGGCUCUGGCGACCUGUUUGAGUGGCCAGGUUGACGGUGCAGCAGCAGGUAUUGGCGAGCAGUCUCAGAGACCACCACGAGCAUGCCAUUGCGCAGUAGUUAACCAUUACUUGACGCUUGAGCAGCCCUGCGGUUGCGAUGCCUCCUCACUCGUCUCGCCAGUCUUCCUUGCCUCCUCGCGUUUUUCUGGACUCCUUGAUACCCGCUCCUGCUGAUCAUCAUAUUUGUCCUCCUGUCCUCAUACCUUUCCACCUCCAGAUAGAAUCCAUGUGAACCUCCUCCUCCCCCCUGGCCUCGCGCGUCCCGUCCUCAGACAUCCGGCACCUCGGAAAAAUCGAGGCGGCCAGUCUGUCGCCAUUGUUGGCCCCUGGUGGCUGGUUUCGGGCUUCGUGGAGUAGUCCAUAGCUCCGGCUGUCCACGCAUCGAACAAAUCGAAGAGCUGGAGUUCUUGGCCCUGAAUUUAGCCGUCCUCUCACGCGCGGGGAAGCCUGGGUUCUGGGCCAGUUCCUUCUCUCGUGUGCUCCGCUGGUUGGCCCCUUCUCUUGGUCUUCGCGCGCCUCUGACUUUUCGCUUCUCUUGGGAAGCUCGGGGACCUCCUGCUUGAAUUCAUGGUGCAGCACCGUCGUGAUGGAAAAAAAUGGUUCACGGGAAACGUACAUAUCCACGUCCACGCCCGUGCGGCCGGUUCUCCACAAUCCAUGGGAUCGCAUACCGCUCCAUGGGAUCGCGCCUCGGCGUCCAGACCGCGAGGGCUUGGAUGUGGCAAUGGUCAUCGCCC